AGCAGAUUGUUUCUAUCUUGUCUUAAUCACCAUUAAGUAUUUACUUCUUUGUUUGUGAGGAUACCUCUAGUCACGCGUUCUCACGUGUCUCUAGAUACUAAAAAUAACACAAGCUAUAAAUAGAAACACUCAGCUGUACAGCAAUGGCGUCCAAGGGAGCAAAAGACAAGCCGACAAAAUUCCUGGAGGAGCCUCCAGCUCUCAUCUGCCCCAUAUGCAGACGAGUAUUUACCGCUCCAGUUAUAUCAGUUCAAUGCGGACACACUUUCUGUCGUCCUUGCAUUGACCCCAAGGAAGGAAGCAACUCCUGCCCUCUUGAUGGAAUAGCCUGCGAAUCAAGCUCGUUAGUGGUCAACAAAGCAGUCAUAGGUCAAAUAGACGACCUGUCUAUAUACUGCUGCUAUGGGAUCGUCUCACGUGAUGGUGGGCUGAGUUACGAGAGAGACCCCGCUGGCUGUCCGGAGGUACUUAAGUUGGGAUCAAGAGAGGAACAUGAGAGAUCCUGUACUUACGCUCACGUGAGGUGUCCGCUGGGAGGGGAGGAGUGUGGGAUAAUUAGGACGAGGGAAUUAGAUGAACACGUUCUGUCUUGCCCUAACAUUCCGUGUCCUUAUACUGAUUUUGGAUGUGCUUUCAAAGGUAACAAAGAUGAAAUUGUCAGCCAUAAAGCUAAAUGUGUCUAUCACGAUGAGUCACAACUUUUAGCUCUCACAAUGAAAGAGUUAAAAGUUGUUAAAGUUCAAAAUAAAGAACUAGAGGAUUCAUUGACGAAAGCAAUAAAAUCAGUCAAUAGACUAAACGAAGAAAAGAAAGAUCUAUACUCUCGUAUUGAACAACAAUCAAGAACUAUUACCACAGUAACUUCACGUAUGGACAAACUAGAGGCCGAAAUGGAAUCCUUUAAAUCGGUCAAGUUAAGACAGUAUCGUACAGGGAGUAUGAGUGGUGCUAGUAACAGCAUAGCAGGAGCUCCUGGACAAUAUUCAACCCAGUCACACUCACCAGCUCCACUCACAACAGCAACUCAUCAUCCAUUCCAAUCAAAUACUGGAGAUGGAAAUGUGACUCCAGUUUAUCCUAGAAGGACAAUGGUUGAUCCAAGAAGAUGGUCUUCUGAUUCAUACUCAUCAGUUACUUCACUGACCGUAUUACCAGAAGCUGAAAGAGGCCCUUUUGUAUGGAGGAUGCCUUUUACAUUAAAAUGCAUUGGGACAUUUAGAGGUCAUAAAGGUACCAUAUGGUCGUUGGUUACGUCUGGAGACUGUCUAUUCAGUGGAAGCAGUGAUGGUACUAUUAAAGUGUGGGACAUUGCUGACCUCAGGAGAGGCUGUCUAAAGACUGUUCAAGGACACAAAGAAGCUACUAUGUUUUUAGCUGUUGGGCGUGGUAUAUUAUACAGCACAGGAACCGACCUUUCACUUAAGUCAUGGCAACUAGGAGCACUAACUGAAAUGGAGAAAGUAGAAAAUGCUCAUGAAGGUAUUGUGAGUGCAAUGCUAUGCACUAAAGAUUAUGUCAUAACUUCAUCAUUCGCUUCAAUUAAAUUCUGGGACCCGAUCACACUUAAUGAGAUUCAUAGCAUAGGAUCUAAGGAGGGUCUCUCGCACUGGAUCAGAGCAAUGGCACACGAUAAAAGAAAGGAUUUUCUUUAUACUGGCUCUCAUAACAAACUACACGUGUGGAAAGUUGGUGGAAACUUUAGUCUCGUUAAUGAAAUGGGUCUGAACUAUGGAGCCAUUUAUUCACUUGCUGUUACCAAGAAAUACCUCAUAGUUGGUACACAUAAUCAGAAUAUUCAAGUUUAUAGUAACACAUCACUCAAUCAUGUUGCGACACUAACUGGUCAUAUUGGUAGUGUGACUGUACUUAAGGUAACAGAAUCACAAGCUGGCGUCUACAUGUUCUCAGGCUCCUCUGAUUACUCUGUUCAGGUGUGGGAUUUAGAGAACAUGUUACCGAUACAGGCUCUUAAGAGGCACGAGAAGGCAGUUCAGUCAAUGGCAGUGUGGUAUGAUGCUGUAUUCACUGGAUCAGAAGAUGAGGAAAUAAAAGUUUUUAAAUACUUCAAAUUAUAAUGCAUUUUUAUAUUUAAAUAUCAUUAUAUUAAUUAUAAUUACAGCAAUCAUACUACCAUUCCACAGCAAACUCAAGUUUGAUUGAUGUAUUUUUAGUAACGUGUACUA